ACUUCCUGUGGAGUUUCCCCAGCCCAAGGAGGAGGGGGAAAGAGGACGAGAGGGAGGCGAGCGGUCGUUCGGGGUUAGGUUGGGGGGUGUCGGUCCGUUCAGGGCGGGUGAUGACUCACGGCCCAUCCCAUCUUCCCGACGCCGCCCGCCCACGCAGAGCUAGCUCCAUGGCUUAACGGAGGAGGCAGCGGCAAGCGGGGGGAGGGGGACUCUUAUUUUGUUAGGGGGACCGGGCCAAGGCCCGACCGGCCUGGCAGGGCUCGCCCGGGGCCGGGCGUCAUGUCUCAUGCAACUGAGACAGCUCGGGACGGCGUAGAGGCCAGCGCGGAGGGCCCUCGAGCCGUGUUCGUGCUGUUGGAAGAGCGCAGGCCAGCUGACUCGGCCCAGCUGCUCAGCCUGAAUUCUUUGCUUCCGGAAUCCGGGAUUGUUGCUGACAUCGAGUUAGAAAACAUCCUUGAUCCUGACAGCUUCUACGAGCUCAAAAGCCAGCCUCUAUCCCUUCGCUCCAGCCUUCCAAUAUCACUGCAGGCCACUCCGACCACCCCAGCUACACUCUCUGCAUCGUCUUCUGCAGGGGGCUCCCGGACCCCUGCCAUGUCAUCCUCCUCCUCACGGGUCUUGCUGCGGCAGCAGCUUAUGAGGGCCCAGGCACAGGAACAGGAGAGGCGUGAGCGGCGGGAACAGGCAGCGGCCGCUCCGUUCCCCAGUCCUGCACCUGCCUCACCAGCCAUCUCAGUGAUUGGUGUGUCUGCUGGUGGCCACACAUUGAGUCGUCCACCCCCUGCUCAGGUGCCCAGGGAGGUACUCAAGGUUCAAACCCACCUAGAGAACCCUACACGCUACCACUUGCAGCAAGCUCGCCGGCAACAGGUGAAACAGUACUUGUCUACUACACUUGGGCCCAAGCUGGCUUCACAGGCCCUCACCCCACCACCAGGGCCUUCCAGUGCUCAGCCACUUCCUGCCCCUGAAACUGCUCAUGCCACCGGCCCUACAGGCAGUGCUCCUAACAGCCCCAUGGCAUUGCUCACCAUUGGGUCCAGCUCAGAGAAGGAGAUUGAUGAUGUCAUUGAUGAGAUCAUCAGCCUGGAGUCCAGUUACAACGAUGAGAUGCUCAGCUAUCUUCCUGGAGGCACUGCAGGGCUGCAGCUCCCCAGCACGCUGCCUGUGUCAGGAAAUCUACUUGAUGUGUACAGCAGUCAGGGUGUGGCCACCCCAGCCAUCACUGUCAGCAAUUCCUGUCCUGCUGAGCUGCCUAACAUCAAACGGGAGAUCUCGGAAACCGAGGCAAAGGCCCUUUUGAAGGAGCGACAGAAGAAAGACAAUCACAACCUAAUUGAACGACGCAGGCGAUUCAACAUUAACGAUAGGAUCAAAGAGCUGGGCACCCUCAUCCCCAAGUCCAAUGAUCCGGAGAUGCGCUGGAACAAGGGAACCAUCCUGAAGGCAUCUGUGGAUUAUAUCCGCAAAUUACAGAAGGAACAGCAGCGCUCUAAAGACCUGGAGAGCCGGCAGCGGUCCCUGGAGCAAGCCAACCGAAGCCUGCAGCUCCGAAUUCAGGAGCUGGAACUACAGGCACAGAUCCAUGGUCUGCCGGUCCCUCCCAACCCAGGACUGCUCUCCCUAGCCACCAGCUCGGUCUCUGACAGCCUCAAGCCGGAACAACUGGACAUUGAGGAGGAGGGCAGGCCAAGCACAACAACAUUUCAUGUGUCAGGGGGGCCUACCCAGAAUGCUCCUCCACAACAGCCUCCGGCACCGCCUUCGGAUACCCUUCUGGACCUGCACUUUCCCAGCGACCACUUGGGGGACCUGGGGGACCCCUUCCACCUAGGGCUAGAGGACAUUCUGAUGGAGGAGGAGGGGAUGGUGGGAGGACUGUCAGGGGGUGCCCUGUCCCCACUGCGGGCUGCUUCCGACCCCCUGCUUUCUUCAGUAUCCCCGGCUGUUUCCAAGUCGAGCAGCCGGCGCAGCAGCUUCAGCAUGGAAGACGAGUCCUGAUCAGGCCUCACUCCUCCCCUCGGGCUUCCCCACCCAGGGAAGGAGAACAAGCCUGGAUGAGACCCUACCCUCCUGUGACACUGUCCUGUCCAGGAGAUCUGGGGAACGAGGAGUUGCAAUCAGGCCCCAACCCUGUACUAGGCCAGGAGGAGGAAUCAGGUGAGGCCCUGCCACUUUUCCAGAGGACCUGCCUUGUGCAGGUAUUUGUGAGGGAGAAGGCAGGGGAGAACUGGGAAAGGUCAGUUCAUCACUUGAGCAUCAUAGCCUUACCCCUUGUCCCUGGUCCUACUCCUGCCUCGGUGAGGGAAGGAGGCAGGACAAGGUAUGCCCCUGGUCACUAGGGACCCUUAUAAACCUGUUUAUAAAGGUCUCCCAAGGAAAGGAGAUGCCAGGGUGCCGCUCCAUUCCUUCUCUGGGAAGUGCCAGGCCAGCUUUUCCUGGCACUGGAGGAAGAAAAGUAAAAAUAGUGUCUCACCCCUGGAGGGUUGAUCCCUAUCCCUACCUUAUGACCCCUGACUUGUUCUGGCAAGGAACAGAAGUAAGGAUGUGAUCCAGCCCAUUGCCCUGGGCCCCAUCCCUUCUCCAUAGGAAAAGCUCAGCACAGGUAUUUCAGGUAGAGAGGAAUGACUAGGCUCUGAUCUCCCACGUAGAGGCUCCAGCCCCAGCCCUGACCCUUAGCAUCAUACCGUGCAAGCAUUCCAUUCAGUUCCUAAGCUCCCUGUCUUAACCUGGGACCAGCCUGGAACCUGACAUAUGAGGGCUCUGUGCUGACCUUAUUCUUGAGGAAGGGAACAGAUUUCGAAAUCUUGUGGAUUGACAUUCUAGACCUAGAUCAAGUGAGACUUAGAUCCUCACCCUUGAGAAGAUCUUGCCUUUUCUGCCUUGAGGGCCAAUUUGGGGGAGAUGAUAGGGAUUAGUGUAGACCCAGUCUAGGUACCCCAAUACUUCCCUUCAAGUUGUAGAAAAUGGUAAAGAAAGGGCGUGUCCAGGCUGUUUAUCAGUCCAGGGAAAAAUAGAAAUCUCCCUAAAAGGCAGGGACCUGAAGGAAUGGUGGCAAAAGUAUAUUGUAUCGCUCAUUUGUUUGUGAAUUUUUUAUUGAACCCACCUACUCAAAAGCUAGGUCACCCCGGACCUCUGUCCCAUCCACACCGUUCUCCAUCUGGGGGACUAACCCUGUUUCAGAGCCAGUCCUUAGAGCCAGUCCCUACCUACUAGUCCCAUCCAUGCCACCUACAUCCAAGGUCUUCAGCUUUAAACUGCUGGGGCCAGGCCCCAAGGAGGGUUUACUGAGGGGUCCGUAGGUUUGACUAAAAUAAUAAAUGCUAGGCGUGUUUGAUGCGCUUUUAACUUUGGCA